AUGUCACAGAUUUUGCAUUUGAGAACUGGCUUCUUGUGUUGCAGCAGGAUAUGCUGUUUCAGGGGCUCCAGGAAUGUAUCUAGGUGGAAGGAAAUUGCACUUCGAUAUCAGGGAAACAUAUUCAAGCACAGCAGAAUAAAAAGCUUCUCGAAGAUCACAAUGAUGUGCCUGGGCAUCAGGUAUGUGCCAACGGAAUGUGAAAGACUAUACCAAGGGGUAGUACCAGCAGAGGUGGCCAUGGUUCCUGGAGCUUCACCAAGUCAUCAGAAAUCUGGAGAUAGCCUCCUGAAAAAGACCAGCUUCAUUGUGCACUUGGUUGCGCGGUCUUGCAUCCUCUUCCUGAAAUUUGGGCCGCUCUUACUAGUGUAUCCAUUGACAUUCUUUUCAGCCAGAUUUUAUACCCUGUGGCUUCAUCUUCUGCUGAAGGCCACCGAGUCAUCAGGGCCAGCGUGCAUUAAACUUGGCCAGUGGGCUAGCACUCGAAGAGAUAUUUUCUCUGAAAUGUUCUGUGCCAAAUUUUCCAAACUUCAUGUUAAGGUGGCACCACACUCUUGGGGUUACACCGAGUUUUGCCUGAAAAGAGCCUUCGGAGAUAACUAUGGACAAAUGUUAACAUUUCCAAGUAAGGAACCUGUAGGUUCUGGCUGUGUUGCUCAGGUGUACAAAGCCUACGCUGACCUAUCUGUUAUGGAUACUAUGGAAUCACAAUCCUUGAUUGGAAGCGUUGGGAGUGACUAUGGCUUUGAGGCAUGGGAAGUGGCGGGGCUUGGUGGAAUUUUCAGGCCUCUAGGAAAAAGGAGACCAUCUGAUCAUGACGCUCCUGAAAACCAAGGAGAUACUGGUGGAACCUGCGAUAUCCAAAAAGAAGACCCAGAUCCUUUAUCCAUAAAGGGAUCAGAAGAUGAUUCUCAUCACUUGAUUCCUGUCGCCGUAAAAGUCCUGCAUCCAGGUCUAAGACAACAGGUUAAAAUGGACCUCCUCCUAAUGAAGACCUGGAGCCGACUGCUUGACCUCAUCCCUGGAUUCAGGUGGCUGAGCCUGACUGAGAUUGUGGAGGAGUUUGAGAAACUCAUGACUCGGCAAAUAAAUCUCAAAUAUGAAGCCAGAAAUUUGGAGAUAUUUCAUCAAAAGUUUGAAAAAAUUGACUUUAUAAAGUUUCCUAUCCCACUGCGACCCUUCGUUACAAGGAACAUCCUUGUGGAGACCUUUGAGGAAGGUGAACCUUUGUCUCUCUAUGUCCAAGGGUCAGAGUCUACUCAGAUCAAGCAAAGAAUAGCAGCAAUGGGUGUCGACAUGCUGCUGAAGAUGGUGUUUGUGGAUAAUUUUGUCCAUGCUGAUCUGCACCCCGGUAAUAUUCUUGUACAGGGGACUCAGGAGUUUACUUCAAGACAGACUGAGCAGACCACGUUGGUGGACAUGUGUGACACGCUGAUUGUGAAUGUUCACCCCAGCCGCUGCCCUCUCUCCGGUUGGUGUUGCUGGAUGCGGGAAUCGUUGCAGAACUGCAGGAGAGAGAUCUUGAGAAUUUCCGAUCUGUGUUUACUGCAGUGGUCUUACGGCAGGGAGAGACUGUGGCAGAACUGAUCCUUCACCAUGCCAGAGCUAACCAAUGUACGGAUGUGGAAGCUUUCAAGUCUCAGAUGGCCGAGCUAGUGAAUGAGGCCCGUAAGAGUACAGUGUCUUUGGGGAAGCUCCAGGUUGCAUUAUUGCUGUCUCAGGUGUUCCGUCUUUUGAUGAAACAUAAGGUGAAGCUGGAGAGUAACUUUGCUUCUAUAGUGUUUGCCAUCUUAGUCUUGGAAGGACUUGGGCGGUCGCUGGAUCCCGAGAUUGAUAUCCUGGAGGCGGCCAGGCCUCUGCUGGUGAAGAGUGCGGCAUCCCUCAUAUAG